AUGUGCCAGCCCCAGCCCCUGCUGCUCCUGCUUUCCUGCCCAUGGGCCAAUGCCAGUGCUCUACAGGGUCAGACUGUGGGGGGCCACGAGGUUCUGCUCCUCUCCCACCCUUACAUGGCAUACCUGAAGGUAGAGAUGUUAGCCUGCGGAGGCUUCCUGGUGGCCCCUGACUGGGUGAUGACAGCCGCACACUGCAUGGGGAAUGCCACAGUCAUUGUGGGGGCUCACAACAUCCACAAGCCAGAAACAACACAGCAGAUCCGGGGAGUUCUCGGAUACCACCAGCACUCUGAAUAUGACCCCAACACCAUGUCUAACGCCAUCAUGCUGCUCAAGCUGACAGCAAAGGCCACUCUCAAUGACUAUGUCAAGGCCAUUCCACUGCCCAAGAUUGGCAGCGACCUCCCCACAGGCACCAAGUGCAGCAUAGCCAGGUGGGGCCUGAUUGAUGAUGACCAGGUGACCAACAAGCUCUUUGAAACCAAAGUCUCCAUCUACCACCGCAGGAAAUGCAUCCACUUCUAUCCGCAUCUCAACACCAGCAUGGUCUGUGCCGGCAGCUUCUGUGAGCUCAGGGAUUCCAGCCAGGGAAAUUCUGGCGGGCCCCCGGUAUGCAAUAAGGUGGCACAAGGCAUCGUUUCCUUUGGGUACAACUCCCCACCCAGAGUCUACACCCGCAUCUCCAACCACCUGCCCUGGAUCAAAAAAACCCUGAAGAAGUAG